UCCGUAAGUAUAGAAACUUCAGUUAUAGUAUGGGUGUUUCCAAUCUCCAGCUCAAACUUAUCAGUUAUUACUUCACUUGAGUUCUUACUUCUCAGAUUGGGAGACAAAAGGAGAAAACAUUGAAGAAGAUGGGGUUGGGAGUUCCUGCUCUUCCAUUUACCUUUGUGGCUCACCUUCUAGCAGUGGCUGCUAUUGUCAUGGUCUUGUUUUGGAACAUACACUUCAGGGGUGGCUUAGCUUGGGAAGCUACCAACAAAAAUCUCAUAUUCAAUAUCCAUCCUGUUCUUAUGCUAAUUGGAUUAAUAAUUAUGGGAGGUGAAGCUAUCAUAACUUACAAAGCUCUACCCCUGAAGAAGGAAAUUAAGAAGUUGAUACAUCUUAUUCUCCAUGCAAUUGCACUAGUACUUGGAAUAGUUGGAAUUUGUGCUGCCUUCAAGAAUCAUAAUGAAAGUGGCAUCGCCAAUAUGUACAGCUUGCACUCAUGGCUUGGCAUUGGAGUUAUUUCCCUUUAUGGGAUUCAGUGGAUAUUUGUUUGUGAUGUUUUUCUACCCUGGAGGGAGUGAAACACUAAGAAGCCAAUCAAUCCCAUGGCACGUGUUGUUUGGGCUGAUAGUGUAUGUGUUGGCACUUGGGACAGCUUCUCUUGGG